AUGAGUUCCAAAUUAGCGACAAGUCCUGUAAUCGGAUACGUGCAUAAACUUUCUCCCCUAAAGCAAGGAAAAAAGAAGAAAUGGUGUGACUUGGAGUUACAAAUGAAAGAUAAACGUAUGAGGGUUGUUCGCUUUUCAAAGGCAAAACGAGACAUCUUCCAGGAAAAGCAAGAGACGCUUAGUCCUGUUCAGAUCAGUAACUAUCUCAUCGGACCAAGCUGGCAAGGUGACGAACAAGAAAUUAAAGUUAAUGACAUGACUGUUGUUAGCGCACCUACCACCUCGCAGUACAAUUUCCAGUAUAUUCCUGAUGAGGAAUCCAGACUCGUACCACUGAAAGAAGUAAAAGAAAAGAUCGAAGCUGGCGAGAAGAUUCGCGUUAAGGGGAAGAUAAAGAAAGGAAGCAAAGUGGAGUCCGUUGGAAACAGAGGUCUUCGAAUGCUCAAAAGCACGAUUACUGAUGGCACAAGCACUAUGUUUCUGACUAUUUGGGAGAGCGAGAUUGAUGCCAUACAAGAUAGCAAAGUGUACAUUAUUGAUGAUGUUAAAGUCAACUUCAGCUACGUGACCAAGACACUCACCACAACUAAAAAUUCAGUGUUUACUCUUGUUGAUGAUGAUGACAUGGAAGAGGUAGAAGAAUCUGUAGCACUGCAGAUGUUAGAAGAGCCAAGCGAAACCACAUUAUUUGUGCAAUCUAUCAGGUCGGUAGAAGUCAAUAAGUAUCAUACUUGUAAUCAUUGUAACAAAAAGCUUUCCGAAGGCUUGCGCACUAAAAUUGUGAAAUGCAUGCGAUGUUCGCAUAGAAUGCGGUUGGCAGAUUGUAACAUCGAUGUUUCUUGUCAGCUCACUGUUCAAGAAGAUGACAGUGAAAUUCAACUCACAAUUUUUAGCGAUGUCCUGGGAAAGUUAGUUGAUAAGCCGAAUGUGAAUGAGUUGACAGAAGAAGAUAUAAGUGAGAAGUUAUUGGAGUUGACAGACCUCGAAAUUAUGUUUAAGGAUGAUAACAUUGUAACUUCUUGCAAUGCAAUGAACUUGUAA